UUUACGAUUAAUAAAAACGAUAAUUGUAUGUCACUUUAAGCGAUAACCUAUAUUAAUUAGGCGACAUUUUUUGUUCUCAUCAAAGUAUAAAAAUAAGUACUACUGAAAACGUAAUGACACUAGCCAGCACUAUUUUGUUAUUGUAAAUAGACGGACGAAGAUAUUCGUCCGUACGACUCUCGAAGUGACGAUUGUUUUUAUUGUUUUCUACAUAAGAAUAAUAAUCCGCAAAGCACGAAUCGACAUGUGGUAAGAUUUAGAUACAGCAUAUGGAUAUAAGUUUUAACAUUUAAAAAAAAAUAUCAUCUUGACAAGAUAAUCUUUCAGAACCAUAAUUUUAGGAAAAAUAGCACGAGACCGCGAUUUUAGAAACAACAAUCGUAUAAUAUAAAUAUACUUUAGAAAUAACAAAAUGUAACAUUCAUUAUAUCAUUCAAACCAUGACAUUUUUUUUUGAAUAAUUGUUCGAUAACAACAACAAACAAAAACUUUAUUGCGCAUUAGAGCGAUGAGAUUACUAGAUCACGCAGCUUCUCAGGACACCAAGAUGCUUUCAUCGAUUCACAGUUCAGACUACACGAUUGGAUGCAUUGCGUAACUGGUUGCUACCUGCAAGCAAGCUUUCAGGUUUAAAAACGCAUUGACACGUUCAUAAUUCAAACCUACUGGUUGUACCAAUAAAAAAAAUGUGUUUAAAUCACAUUAUAAAUUUGUUCAGGUGAGUGUAUAUCAUUUGUUUUGGAUAUGAUUUGUAGUUCUAAGUAGGUCAGGGUGGCAGGAGUGCGCAGGCCCGGGCUAGCGCGCACUGCGCCGGGCGCCGCGACGACUGCGUCCGCCACUACCGCGUCACCGUCGUCGCCGACAUCCCGCCCUCUUUUAGAAUACUCCUCUAAUUGCAGUGUCCCAAUAGCCAUCGUAUUUCGAGUUUACUAAAUUUACACGUAGCAAGUCGACAACAUACACGGAUAUAAGAUGCCGUUGCUAAGCGUAGGAGCGGAAUGAGGCGGCACGAGAUGCAGGGCAAGGGGACGGAGGCCGGCGGCAGGGACUCCUCGCAGCUGUCCCGCAGCGAGUCCACCGUCAGCCGCUGCACGCCACACACUCCCCUCGGGCCUCCAGAUAGCGCCAGUGUCGACUCCAACCCAAUGCCUUCUAUUUAUCGAUGUCGCGCCCCGAUCGCCUCGCUGGACUGUAUGGACGAUUUUAGUGCAAACUCUCAGCAGAUGCUAGACCAAGCCGGCGAAGUAACUGUAUCAAGGCACACGUCGACUUACUUGGGAAAUCACACUACCAUGGCGCCGUCGUCGGUGACUCCGGGCCUGCGCUACAAGAAUCUGGGUAAAUCCGGCCUGAGGGUGCCCAACAUCGGCCUGGGCAUAUGGACCAUGCUCAAUGAAGAUUGUGCUGAAGACAUUAUCAUGACCGCGUUGGAAAACGGAAUUAAUCUCUUCGAUUUGUCCGAAGCACAUUGCGCAAAAGGUGAAGCUGAACUUGGACGUAUUUUAAAAAAGAGGAAUGUCAGGAGAACAAGCAUAAUAAUUACGACAAAAAUAUACUGGAGCACUAAGUUUACUAAUCACAGGUCAGAUGAAAGAGGUUUAUCUCGUAAACAUAUAGUUGAGAGUGUAAAAGCGUCUUUAGCCAGACUUCAGAUGGAGUAUAUCGACGUGGUUUUGUUACACAAAGUGGACCCAGUAUGCCCUAUGGAAGAAUUGGUUCGAGCAAUGAACUUUGUGAUAAAUCAAGGAUGGGUCAUGUACUGGGGGACUGCACGGUGGACACCUUCGGAGAUAAUGGAUGCGUACACAAACUGUCGUCAGUUCAAUUGCAUCACCCCGAUCAUAGAGCAAACAGAGUAUCAUAUGUUUUGCCGCGAAAAACCUGAGUUGUACAUGCCAGAACUAUAUCACAAGAUCGGCGUUGGUAUAAAUUGUUUACCAGGGAUGAUGGCAUGGUCUGCCAUUACGACGGGCAAGGGCGUAGGCCGUGAAGAGAUUACUGGCCUUUUCGCCAAAUCGCGCUUCAAUAGGAAAUAUAGCACUUUCAGUUGGUGCGAGGAGGAUCUUGCUGUAACUGAAAUGCAGAGCUCGGGCAGCAAGGAGCAGGUGGCUGGGGAGGAGCUGCGCACGUAUGGCGACAAGCUGCGCGACUUGGCAAACCUUGCCAACUCUCUCAAUUGUUCCUUGAGUCAGCUAGCCGUUGCUUGGUGUUUGAAAAAUGAGUCGGUGAACUGCCUAUUGUUGGGGGCGAGCAGCGUGGAACAGUUUAAAGAAAAUAUUCACGCACUGCAGAUAGUGCCGCAGUUGACGCCGGUAGUGAUGACAGAUAUCGAGCGCCUGCUGGCCAACAAGCCGCUGCGUCCGCCGAUGGUCUCCACAUUGGCCAUGAGAAACCAGCAGAACAACAACACCGUGCGACUUGACAUGACGGGAGCUACAAUUUCCGGCACCGGGUCUCCUAAGCCAGAAGACAACGCCGUAGAAGGUGAGCCAUCCUCGCCCGGGAAGGAGCCCGGGCGAUCCUUCUGUGAGAUCCAGUGACUGUGGUGGCGCGGAAGCAAUGACUCUGCUUCCAAAUCUAGUAAAUCAAAGGAAUCACUGAAGGACAACAAGCCGAAAUUCUUUUUGAACAAUGCUGGAGAAGUUAUUAAGCGAACAGAACAAGAUGGAGUGUCGACCGAUGUGGUGGUGUCUGUGUCCUCACUGAAAGGCAAACAGCCGGCGAGCGGCGGCAGCAAAGUGAAGAAAUCCAAGUCGGAGACAGCACGGCCUCGCUCCGCCUCGCUGCAGAGGUCGUCCUCGGGCCAGCUGGCGGCCAGCCGCGAUCGCCGCCGGUCCAGGCUCGACCUCUCCUCUCCAGCCGACAUCUAAGAUCCUACAAGAUUCAAAGAGAAAAAUUUGGUAUCGUAAUCCUCUGCGCAUCAAUGUUUUGAAUUUGCCAUAAAAGAUGCGAGUUGAAAAUGCAUUCUGAAAUGCUUUCAUGAUUUAACAUCAACAAAGUAUUAUUGUGCGCAUAACGCCUUUGAGAUUAAAGACAAUAUUGAAAGCAAUGCCAUUCUGAAGCAAUGGUUAAAGCUUCCGCUACCUGAGGACUGUGCUGUGAUCGUUGUACCUGCGUGUGACGUAAAUGGAUAUAUUUGCUACGUAUUGUAUUGUAAGAAGCUUCUACCAAAAUGAAGAGUCAUAAUUAUGUGUGCUGUAGUUUCUGAUAUCUAUAAAUUAAUCUAUACUUGUAUAUGAUAGUUAAAAGUGUUCUAUUUAUGAAAAUUCCACUUCCACUCACAUUUAAAAAUUCUAGUAUGUAUCUAUAGCGAUCAUAUCCUAGUAUUCUUAAAAAAAAUUAACGACAGCACACUCUUUCAUUGUUUUGUGGUAGAUAGGAGUAGAAAAGAUGCUAUUUUAUUUUGUAGUUUUAACUUAAAAUGUUUAGACAAAAAUUUGGGAAUACUUGUAGGAAUUUUGCUCUUUCUACUUUGAAAAACUAAUGUGCAUGAUCGGUAUUGAAUAUAAAUUUGAUUCAAAUGAUUCCUUUGAACACACUAGGCUCCGGAGCUGAAAUUUUUAUAUACCUACUAGAAUGUACUUAAAUUAAUAUUUCUCUAUCUGAUAUUCCUUCCAGUGGUCUGCACUUCCUCUUAUCAACUAUCUGGCUUAAACAUAAUUUUCUUGGCACUUUACUAAUACAUAGCUUUUCGUAACGAAGUCAAUUUAAGUACCUACCUAAUAUUUUACGAUAGUGAGCACCAAGUUAAUAGUUUCAUAGUUUAAUGAAUUGUUAUGCUGUUAAAACGAAACGAAAUAUUCAUGUAAGCAUGCGAUAAAUUAUAUCGAACAGAAUAUAUAUUUUUAUAUGCGACACGUGCAUUUACAUUGAUACAUAUAUAUGUGUUGUUAGCUCAUUCUUAGGAUAGUCAGUGGCUUGAUUUCUGGUUUCAACAUAUAAUUGGUACCUAUUGUAAUCCUUUUGUCGAGCGACGCCUCAAUAGGUCCACUUUGUAACCACGAGCACCUCAAUAACGUAGUAACUAGCCACAUGGUUGACUUUAUAAAUAAGUAUUUAAAUAAUAGCUUCACGCAUACGAGAAAUAAAACCAAUAUUUUUAAAAUUAAUUAAUAAAAUGUAUAGUUAAUUAGCAUUUUGUCAUUUAUUAGUUUUACUCCACACUUGCUGCACAAAAACAAUUGAAAAGUUGUGCUUGAAUGCACCUUUUUGAUAUUUCAAGGAAAAACAUUAUUUAUUUAUCUAAUAGCCUAUCCCUUUGUACAGUCAACAACACAUUAAGUUACCCUACAUUAACCUCUAUAUCGCGAUAAUAGCGGCGAGUUUGUAAUGAAUAAUGUAGGUUGACGUUGACGUGUUGUUGCACCUAGUACCUACUUAUUAAAAAAAUGUCUAAAAGUUAUUACUAGACAAUAGCUACCCAGUACGAAGAUAGAUUGUGAAGUGCGUUUAUAAAUAUGUGUGGUACAAAUUAUAAUAAAAGUUAUAUAUGAAGGCUUAGUCAAAUUAACAUAAAAUAUAUUUGUAACAGUUAUUGUAACAUUGUUUAUUCACAUAAUUUUAAAUAUAAGCAAAUUGUUUAGAAAUAUAUAUUUUAGUACCAUUUUGCAUGCCUCUUAUAAAUGUUUUUAGAAUAUAUUAAAAUUUAGAUUUAAUGUAAUUUUAUGUUUACUUUUAGAAGCGGUGGUGGUGUAAUGAUUAAGCCUUUGGACCGACAGGUCCCAGGUUCGAACCCUACUCGUACCACAUGAGUUUGUAUACCAAUCUGAUUCAUGUAUAAUAGUUUUAAUCUUCCACCACUAGCUUCCGGUGAAGGAAAACAUCGUGAGGAAACCUGCACUCUGGUUGAUUCUUAUUAAUUUGUGUGUAAAAUUAAGAAGGGAAUGGUAAACCACUCCACUAAUAAUGCCAAGAAAGUUGUUUGUGUGUGUAUCAUUCCACGUAAUAACCACGACCAUCAGCCAUGAGGAAUACGACUAUGAAGAAGAAGUUUACUUGUACAGCAAAAAUAUUGAUAUAUUUCGUAUGAACAUAUGAGCAUAUAGAUAUAUGUUAUGGUUAAACCCCAAAUUCGGCUACUAGGUGCAGCGGAUAUCAGUUUGAUCGCAACAAGAUUUAUCAUGUUUAUGUUCGCCAACACCUAGGUUUAGCCUUUAUUAUUUUAGCUAGACCUAGGUGUAGUCAGUCUUUUUCGAUUACAACUAAGUACCUGUCGUCGGCUAGAUCCUUAUGUAGCCUUUUCACCCCAGCUAUCGGUUGCAGACGGUUAUUUUCUGGAUUUAAAAUUGUUUUUUUUUUUAAUUUGUAUUUUUCUAUAAAUAAAACUAAACAAAUAAAAUUUUCAAUAACUAAAGUAAACUUGUACUUAAAACUUACAAAUUAUUAUUUUUUACUUAAAUAUGAGUGCAAUAGACUUGCGAUCUAAUUGACUGCACGUAAGUUUAGCCGAAGAUAAGCCCGAUACACCAAGGUGUAACUAUCGAAGACCGGCACCGUUAGUCAUAACUGUACUUUGGGGUUUAGCCGUAACAUAACUACCUAUAUAAAGCCAUUAGAACCAUUUGCAAUAUUAUCGUGAAUGAAAGAGAAUAAAAUGUUUACUGCUAUCAAUGACAUCAUAUCAUAUUCAUCAAUUACUAUAUAUUUUUCGCUCAAAACUUAGUAUUUUUACGAACUAUAGGUACCCUUAAUAUGGAACCACUUUAUUCACUUUUUAAUAUUAUAUAUUCAUAUCACAUUGGAGUUUUCAUUUAGUACUUAUUGUAUUAAUAUCUAAAAUCUACAUGGCUUAAAAUAUGUUUGAAUGUUUAAGCCAGAGGAAAUAAAUGUAAUUAACACGUUUCAAAAAUAAAAUCAAUUUACUUAAGUA